AGCUCAGUACUGUGAACACCGGCAGCUCUUUACCUCCCCCAGUCCUCUCUAAUCCGCCUGUCACGAUGUGUUUAUCCCGCCCCUAUAGAUAUUCUUAAAGUACCAUUAAUGAAUUAGCUGAAGCUAUUAACCAAUAGUCUUAAACCCAUGUUUGCAAAGAGAGUGUCUAUUGGAUGAAGGGCAAUCGGGAAAAUGAGCUGUGACCGGGAAGGAACGCUAUGCAGAAGCACAGACAGGCAGAAUGGAUUUGGCAGAAAGUUCCAUCUACACAACAUGAGUAUCAACUCCCUAUAUGAAUGGUGAAAUCUAAGAAAGCCUCCAACUUCCUCAGAGGGUUGGUAGUAUCUAAUAAGUUUUCAAUGAGACACAAGAUGAACAAAACAAGGAAGCUGGAGGAUGAGCAUAUUUUAGAUCAUACCAUGAAGAUUAUUCAUCUUUUGACUGGACAGCAUUAUAUUAUUAUUAAGAAGCACAAAGACUACAUCAUUGAGAGUAGGACCGAUAAUCUUGUUGUGGAGCCUGUGCCUUAUUCAAAUAUACAUGAAAGCAACAAAGACAAGAACCUGUGCUAUGGGAAAAUGUUAGGACUCACUAAAAUGAUUAUUCAGCUCCUGGCUGAAGAGUUUUCUUCUGAUUAUCAUGAAGAUGCACAAGAGGAGGGUAAUAAGCACUUACACAAGGAGAAGAACCAGUUCUCAGAACAUCUAGCUAACUUAGUUAUAUUGGUGAACAAGAUGACCAAAGACAAGAGCCAAACGACUGCAAAGAUCUUUAAUUGCACCCUUGAGAUCAUCUACCUUCUGAUUGGAGAGGACUAUGUAGUUGUGAAAAAGGAAAAUGACAAGGGCCCCCACAGUAGCCCUUGCGUGGCAGAAUAUAGAUGUGGGGACCAGGUCAUCCUUACAGAAGAUCCACUCAUCUCAUUAGCACAAGAAAAGAACAGUGACAAGAAGAUCAUGGACCUUGCAAAGACGAUAUCUCAAGUGUUAAUGCAAAAGGUAUCUGCAAGAUGUGAAGAGGAUGCACUUUAUUCUUGUAUGGAGCAAUAUUUAGGUACAUACAGGGAAGUGUAUAAAGUAGACGUGGAGAGUGAACAUACCCUCAGUAAACUAGAAGCUGGUACAAACAUGGAUAAUCACACACAAGACCAUACAAGACUUUCUGAUGUUGAUUCUACAAAUGAUGGAACAGUCAGUGAUGAAAGGGAUCCUGCGGCAAAUCUUUUGAGGCAAAACAGGAAGAACAAGCGGAAAAGCAAACCAGUUAGGAUAGUAGCACAAGAUUUAAUUUUACCUAAAGAGAAAAAUCUUAAAGGAACCAACAUAUUUUCAGUUCAAACACCAACACAGACACAUGAGUUAUCAGUUACUGAAAAAGAGUGUGCAGAAGCUGAAACAGAGAGGUCAUUUAUCUUCCCAGAUACUAUAAACACUGUCUGUAGUAGUGCAGUUAUGGAUGAGCCAGUUGAGAAUGAAGGCCUAAUGGGCUGUGAAGAGCAAGAAAAAUACCUCUCUCAAACACACUUUAUGAAUUUUCAGACAACAGGUUUGCAAAGCAGGCGAUAUAUGUGCACUUUAUGUGGAAAAUGUUUCACUAAAAGCUCUCAUCUUUCCACUCACCAAAGGGUUCACACUGGAGCAAAACCAUAUCUUUGUGUGGAUUGUGGAAAGCGUUUUACAAGCAGUUCUACACUUGUUGAUCAUCAAAGAAUUCACAGAGGGGAAAAACCAUUUGCCUGUUCUGAUUGUGGAAAAUGUUUCACCAAAAAUUCAAAUCUUAUAGACCAUAUAAGAACUCACACCGGGGAAAAGCCCUUUGAAUGUUUACAGUGCGGGAAGCGUUUUGCUAGGAGCUCUAACCUUGCAGAGCAUCAUAAAAUUCACACAGGAGAGAAAUCUUUUAUUUGCUCUGUUUGCGGGAAAGGUUUUUCUAGAAGCUCAAGUCUUGCAGAACAUUACAGAAUUCACACUGGAGGUGAAUCCUAUAUAUGUUCUGAAUGUGGCCAGUGCUUUACAAAAAACUCAAGCCUGGUUAGACAUCAGAGCAUUCACACGGGGAAGAAACCAUUUGUAUGUUCUGAAUGUGGAAAAGGGUUUUCAAACAGUUCCAAUCUUGCUAGGCAUCACAUAACACACACAGGAGAGAGGCCAUAUAUGUGUCCAAUAUGUGGAAGAUCUUUUAACCAGAACUCAAAUCUUGUUUCACAUCAGAAAACUCACAAGUCUGAAUCUUUUGAAUAAAUCUGAGGUAUUGAAACCAAAAGUGUUUAAGAAAAUGUCUUGCAGCUUUUGCCUUGACCCUUAAAGACUAUGAAUUCAAGCAGAUUUGCAAAGUUUCUUUUGAAUAAUAAUUUAAAAUCCAAAAUGGUUUAUGGAGAACAACUUGCAUUUUACAUCCAAAAACUAAGCAUAUCUAAUAUAGUUCUUGGAUCAUGGAUGAGAUUUUUACUCUGUAACUUAAGCUGGCCAUACACGUGUGCAUUUUAAAAGAUAUUUUAGUUAUCGUACAACCAAGUUUCUAGUAAAUGUUUAAAAGUACAAUUUGUCCAUCAAGGAAAACGACCAUUUUAAGCGAUAUUGUCUAGUUGAAGCUAGGUAAACUGUGGUAGCUGCUUGUUUGGUCCUGCAAAUAAUUGAAAAAUGGACACAUUUCAUCGUUAACGGCAAACAUAUUUUUAAACCUGCCCAAUCGAUUUUCUGAACAAUGUCGGAUAAUUGUCAGUACACACUAACCUUAAGAUAAUUUUAGGGUUUUUUUGAAUCACACUGAAAUUGGUCGUUAAGAAAAAUCAUUACGUUUAUGGCCAGCUUUAGCUUACCUUAAGAGCCGUGGCAGGCGGGGAGAUUAGUCUCCUUUGUCAUGGGCAACUAAUCUCCCGAAAUGCCAUUCCACCGGCUACAAUGCAAAUCGCAGGUGGGAUGGCUCUCUCAAGGCAACUUCCGCGAUUUCAGGAAAUCGCAGCGCCAUAUAUGCUAUCCCCCCGGCAAUUUACAUUCAAGCCGGUGGCAUAUCGGGGCGACUAAUCUCGCCAUCUGCCACGGCCCUAAAGCACACAGAAUGAAGAUAGCUGCCCAUUUUUUACAAUAUAUGUUGAAUAACUGCUCAGACAACCAAUCAAAUCAGUGUUGUUGAAAUGCAGUGCUAGUAUCCCAGCAAAGAGGAUCACUGGCUGGCCUUUUUUCUGUUUGUCCAAAUGUGCUGGUUCACAAGUGGAGUUCAGUCAAGCAUUUGUUCUGGGGACAUUAUAGAAAUCAGUGGUUAUAGAAAUUAGAAGGAAUGACCAAAUAAUAUUGAUCAGUUGUCCCUUAUGUGGCCAGCUCAACAUGCAGGGUAAUUCUGAGCUUAAAAUUACAAAAAAAAUUGUUUAGUUUGUACUAAAUUACAUAAAAUUUAAGUUAAACAUCAUUAUAACUCUGGUUUGUAAUGGUUACAAGAUCCAUUUUCUAAUCUGAUCAACUUGUAUAUAAGGUCUGUUCAUCAGAUAUAUCCAACACUGCAUGGAACAAAAAGUUUGGUAGGUUUGCAAAUGUAAAACAUUGCAAUGGGCAAAUUAGGUGUCACAAGCUAGAAUGUGAGAAGGAAAGAUGUAUCAUUUCAAGUUUGUUAUAAACCACAUUCUUCCAUAUACCAAAAUCAGUUUAACAAAAGUAUAAUUGUAUAAUUUGGAUAUUAUGAAAAAAAUGUAUAUAAGAACUUAUUCUAUUUGCACGGAAAUAUGUUUAUAAUAAAUGUUAAUGUUUUAUAUUUAUUUUGUAUCCUGGUAAAUAGUGCCUCCAAAGCAUUACAAAAACAUUUAUCCAUUAAAUGAAUGUUUAAUUAUCAUUAACAUAA